AUGAAGAGGGAAAACCAGACCCAGGUGACCGAAUUCAUGUUGGUCGGGUUUUCUGCUUUUCCAGACCUUCAGGGAGUGCUGUUUGUGGUGUUCCUCCUCAUGUACCUCAUGACCUUGGCUGGAAAUCUGGCCAUAAUGGCUGUGAUCCAGAUUGACAGACACCUGCACACCCCCAUGUACCUCUUCCUAGGGGUUUUGUCUUUCUCUGAGACCUGCUACACCUUUGUCAUCAUCCCUAAGACCCUGGUAGACCUGACAGCAGAGAGCACAACCAUCUCAUUCCCAGGAUGUGUCGCACAGAUGUUCUUUUUUCUUGGACUUGGCGGAACAAACUGCAUCAUUUUAACAGUGAUGGGCUAUGACCGAUAUCUAGCAAUAUGUCACCCCCUGUGCUAUGGGAGCCUCAUGAGCUCACACAUUUUUGUUAAGCUGAUGGCUGGGUCGUGGAUCAGCGGGUUCCUAUUGUCCCUGUUUGAAACCACGCUGAUAUUUUGGUCUCCCUUCUGCGGCUCUAACAUCAUUAACCAUUUCUUCUGCCACAUGAGGCCUGUGCUCAGGUUGGCCUGCACAGACAGUAACACAAUUGAGGUUGCAAUAUCCAUGAUGUCCAUGCUUGGCUUGUCGGGCAGCUUCCUGUUCAUAGUACUGACAUACUUGCUCAUCCUGGGCACCAUCCUGCGGCUGCCCUCAGCCAGUGGAGAAAGGGAGAAAGCCUUCUCCACCUGCGCUGCCCACCUCACCGUGGUGGUCAUGCACUUUGGCUUUGCCUCCAUUAUAUACCUCAAGCCCAGCCCACGCGGCACACUGGAAGAGGAUACUCUGAUGUCUGUGCCCUACACCAUUCUUACACCAUUUCUGAGUCCCAUGAUCUUUACCCUGAGGAACAAAGAAAUUAAAAGUGCCCUGAGGAAAGCAUUUGGCAAAAGAAUAUUCUCUCAGAAGAUGUGA